AUGGAGGUCAUGGGCAUCAUCUUGAGGGAGGAGAUUCAUGGCAGAGUUGAGUUUGAGGUAGAUGAGCUGAGGCUUCAUAGGGAAUGGGUCAGAGGGGCUUGGGUUCUUCAUCUUAGAGAAGAAGAGAGGGUGGGUUUUGGGGGAAGGAUGAAGAUAAUGAGGAAAUUGAUUAUUGUUGGGUUUGUGAAGCAGGUUAGUAUUCCACCUAGUGAUAUAUACAAAGCCCUAGCCGUUUACAUCCAGUCUCCCGGCUCCGCCUUCCUCUUCUGCGGCGCCGUCACCGUCGCUCGGCCCUCGGCGGUGCUCUCCCUCCCCUGGCCGGAGCCCGGUGGUCAGCUCCAACUCACCGCCGACGCCGCCCCACUCUCCGCCAAGAUCGGGGUCUCGGUCGAGGACCUGGCCACGCUGCCGUCUUUGGAUGUCACCGCCGAGAAGCGAAUUGAGCGUUUGGCGAUGAAGGUUGGGGAGAAUCUGUUCAAUUUUAUGCAGUCGUUUUGUGGUGUCGAUGGCUCCAAGCUGGUGGUGCCCAUGGAUAUAUUGGAUCGAUGGUUCAAGAAGUUCCAGGAGAGGGCUAAGCGAGACCCCGAGUACUUGAAGGGCUUCGUUUUGUAAUUCUGUAAGUCUUGCUUGUUCACUUUUUUGUUUUAACUCUAUCAACCUUUCUGUAAACUCUGAAUCCUAUCCACUCAAUCUUUUGUGGAAUUUUCACUUGUUAGAACUUUGCUUCUUUCAAUCUGAGAGUGAGAAACCCCUAAAUUUGGGGAUCCGUGUGUGAAUUGUUUAAUCUUCUAUGAAUGACAUAUAUCUUGUUCCAUUGAUUCAAAA